CAGGGGCAACAGAGACAACAGCGAGGAAGAGAAGCUGAAACAGCAACAUCCUUUCAGAAUAAAUGCCUUCAACCUCAUUUGUAAGAUGCUGGAGUGGUGUAGGACAAGGGAAACAAAACUCUUGAUGGAUGAGAUGUUUCACAGCAUCUUCUUUCUGGCGAAAAUCAACAUACCCCCCUUUUCUCCAGAAGAAAUUAUCCCAGAUAAAGAGAUGCUGCAGGCCUUGUUGGAAUCAUAUCCCAAGCCUGUGAAGCAUCUGUCCCAGCUCCCCAGGAGGAGUCCAUUCUCCUGUGUGCUGGAUAUGGUUGUGCUCGUCACUGGACAACAGAAUGAGGACCAAAUAAAGAACCAGCUGCAACAGUUUGUUCAGCAGCUCGGCGGUGAUACAUCAAAAGCUUUCUUGUCCACCACCAUGUGCGUCUCUCAGAUCAAGGGUAAAGAUUCAGUCCGGCACUACGGAGUCUCCAUGUCCACCUCUGGUCCGGUUGCUGGGAGAAUCAUGGUUGCUACCUCCUGCUUACAGACCUGGCAUAAGGACGUAGCUGGGGCAGUGCUGUCCUAUGAUCAACGCUCCAAGGAAAUGCCUCUAAGGUCAUAUUUUAAUGGAACCAUCAGACUUCCCCAGAAUAUCAGGUGUGAAGCGUACAACAUUCGUGAUAAAAAACCAAAACCCCCGUGCAAAUCGUGUGGAAAUUUGUUUGGUUUUACCAACUCUGAAGGAAAGCAAUGGCCCUAUGGAAACUGUGCUGAAGUUGAGAGUUUGAGUAAACUGCUCACAACUGAGGCAGUGCAGGUGCAGUUCCAAAAAGAUAAUCCAGGAGAUAGAGAGAAGGCUGUAGAAGAAGUUCGUACAGAACUUAAGAAUUUGUUGAGCAUGAUACACCAUAAGUGGGACGGUAAGUUUUAUGUCCCACAAAGUAUUUAGCCCAUUGGAGAAAACUAUAUCAAAACCAACGGAUAUCCCAUUGCCUUGCUACUUCUGGGGCUCAGUUUCUUCUCCCAAGUCUUCAGGGUGGUGAGCUGUAUUGAUAUCCUCUCUUUAAACCUCUGUGAGUUUCGCUGUGUGGGGAGUUACUAUUGAUCUGAUGGGUGAUGUAUCAGCAGAGGUUAUUGAAUUUAAAUAUGUACACAAGCUUAUAAAGUACACUUCUGAAAGAAAAUGAAACACUGGAACUCAAUUGAAAUUAAAAAAAAAGUUUAAAGAACUUAUCAAGUCCACUCUUUAGGAGUCAAAGUAAAUUAUAUUCGUACAUCGCAAUUCUACUUCAGCAUUAUAUCAACAAGAUAUCUGCUUAUCGGCAAUCAACACAGACAGGACACCGUUUGUCCAUUCCCAUAUACCAUAGUUAUAAUUUUAAUUCAUUCCAUUUUUACCAGUUUCUGAUCUACAUUAUAAGAAAAUAUAGAAACUUAGGUCUUGGCAUAUAGGGUUUGCUGUUCAGUGUAUUUGUGUAGCAAUUGUGUUUUUAUUUUCUUUUUAAAACAUCUGGACUGUUUGAUUCUUGUAUGUUCCUAUCCUUUCUCGUGUUGAAUUCAUGAGUUGAAGAGGUCCCUGGAAUGAGGUGACAGAGUCGUCGAUUUAGUUUAUCUUACAUUAUACAAGCAUUUUGGGAACUGUUGCACUCAGUGAGCUUCAGAAUCUUAAAUCUAUGAGAAAGGGGAUCAGAGGGAGCAUUCAAACCUGCCCAUGAUAUCACACGUAUGACUGUCUUCUGUAAAGUUUGUAAUUUCUCCAAAUAACUGCAAUACGUGUUGCACCAUAUGAUGUUACAGUAAUUUAAAUGUGGCUCAAAUAAUGGUCGAUAUAGACGAAGAAGCGACUAACUGAGUGCAUUUCCUCCGAUACCAUCAUGUUGCAAUUUUCAAAUUAGAAUUUCAAGGUCUGUUGUAUGAAAAGCUUUUGAAAAGUCAAGGAACACUCCCAUUCCAGACUCACCUUUAUUUAUAGUAUCAUUAAUUUUUUCAAUGAGGUCAAGAAUUGGUGGUGCUCUUCUUUCUAAAAUCGUCUUGCAAGAGGAUGAGUAUAUUAAGUUUAUCCAAAUAAUCACUUAGUUUAUUGUACACAGUUCUCUCAAGUACCUUUGAAAAGGUUGGUAGGAUCGAUAUACUGUAGGUCGAUAAUUCUGUAGGUCUUUUUUAUCACCAAAUUUAAAUACUGGUAUAAAUUUAGAAAUCGUCAUCAAUGUAGGAGAGGUUUAUACAACAAGCAGGCAGCUCAACAAUUUCAUUAAUAAUACAUUCGAUAAUUUUACUAUAUAUUGCAGUGUGAGAGCUUUCUAUUUUCAUGAUGAUCUUGAUGAUUUCUAAUUUAUUUGUAGGUUUUAGAAAGAUCUUAUAUUUAAAUAAGAUAAGAUAAGAUAUUUAAAUAAGAUAAGAUAAGAUAUUUAAAUAAUCAGCCAUUCAAUACGACAUGGCUCCCCCAGGUGGAUUCACAUUUUGGAGAGAGUGUCACCUAUGGAGUUGAAGUAAUUUUUGGAAAGAUUUGCAAGAUGACGAUCAUUGAGGACAGUUUUGUUGACUUUUAGUGUCAGGAAGGACAGAUGUUAUUUUGACCCCAGUCAAGCACAUUGUUCAUCACUGUCCAGCAUUGCGUCUGAUCACCAUGAGAAGCCUUAAUAAGUUCAGUAUAACGAUUUCGCUUACUUUCUUGUAUUACAUUUGUCAGUUUGCUCUGCUAUUUAGUGUGUCUUUAUUUUUGUCAGUUGGACUGUUGGCAUAAUGUUUGUAUAGGUUGUUUUUCUUAUUGAUUGAUUUCAAGAUAUCUUUCUUAGGCCAUUUAUUUUGCUCCCCACCAUGUCUUUUGAUUGUCUUUUCUGAUAUAAUGCUUAUGCCAUCAGCUAUUCUUUGAUAAAAAAACAUUAUAUACUUCAUCUGGUGUUUUACAUCUGUACACACUAUGUUUUGUACUCAGGCUUUCCAGAUAAUUUGUUUAGGUUUUUGCUUGUCAGUACUUUCAUUUUCUGUUUGGAUAGUAGUUUAUUGAGUUUUUCCUUUCCUGUAAUAAGAUUUACAAAAAGUUCAGUUGAAUUGAUCCAAAACAUCAGCUACUAUGACACCAGAAUAAAAGAGAGUAUUUCCAAUAUUUGUUAUGAUUUUAUCAAUUAAGGUUUUAGUAUUUUUGGUUUCUCAAGUGCACACAUUUACUGUGGGGGAAAAAAGGAUGAAGAAUAGAGGGAACUUAGAAAGUUAUCUUUUAUGCUUUUGUCAUUGGCGGAAUUAAUGUUAAAGUCACCAAGAGUAAACAUUUUUUUGUUUGUAUUAUGUAUGCAGUUUAGUCAUAUUUCUAAUUUGGUCAAAAAAUUGUUCAAAUGGGAAUCUGGGGGUCAGUAAAUUACUCCUACAAGACAAGGCCAGUAAAUUACUCCUACAAAUACAUACAUUAUUCCUACAAGUAUAGUUUUGUUGUGAUAUCAUUUGUUCUUGAUCUCUCUCUGUUAUUGUGCUGUAAUUUUUUUUUAAUCUAAAGAGUUCAUUGCUUUUUCUUUUUCAUAAAUAGUUUGAGUGACAGUUAUUACAUUCAGUCUUACUCGGGGUUUAGUUAAUGAAGUUAGAUUCAUUCAAAAAUUAAUCAGCCUCCAUUGUUUUGUUCAUGGAUGGACAAAGUUGUUUAUAAGUACCAUAUCGGUGAUGAAAUGAGUCAGAGUGUGAAACCAUGAAAAGAUGAAAAAGCUGCUUGACAAAGAAGGAAUU